UUGGGCUCGGAAUGGCUUUCAUAUAAAGAAAUGAAAGCAAAAUUCUUGGAAUACUUCACCGAAAAGAAGUACCAGAGUUUGAUUGAGGCGUUGGAACGGCUGGUAAUCCAUCCCUACUCUAAAGCCGCCAAAGAUUUUAUAAUGGAGUUCAGGAAAGAAGUGAAAGCCGUCUCCAAACAGAUUCAAGUGCCCCCUCUUAUGCUCGACCACAACGCCAGGCCUUAUAUGACCGGCAAAGCAAUGCGAAAGUAUUGUAUCGCAGAAGUGGUGGUUCGCGGGAACGGCACCGGAAAAGUGGACAUCAAUGGCAAAGACUUACUGUACUUUGAGUUUAUGCAAGACAGAGAGCAAGUGAUGUCUCCGCUCGUGUUCUGUGGCCUACUGUUCAAAGUGGACAUCGAAUGCAAGACAUAUCACGAGGAAAAGACUAAAGAGUGGAGUAAAGACGCGCCUCCUUUGGGCUCAUAUCGGGGCCCAGAGAGGCAAUGGCGAGAGUUGGGCACAACCGCACAGUCCGGUGCCAUACGUCUGGCUCUGGCUCUCGCGCUCAGGAGUUUUGUCGACGAAAAGAUUGUCGAAAGAAUGAGAUUAGCCGGUUUAUUGACAGCCGAUAUUAGACACCGCGAGCGCAAGAAGUGGGGACAGGAGGGCGCCCGUAGAAACGACUGUAGAGUACAUGCCAUUAGAGUGGGGACUGAAGCGCGAGUCAAAGCGCCUAACAAUAGGGAUAGCGAUGAGAAUCGCGAGACCAUUGAAUUGAAUGACAUUUGCAUAUCGAUCGGAAAGACCAACGAAUACUUCCCAAGAGUUUUAACUGUGAGUCCACUGGAAGUGACUUUUGAUCCGAACCGCGAAAUGAAGAGAAGACCGACGAAAGAAGUGAAGUGCGAACCGACGGCCGACUGUCACACCUCUGACCCCAACGGCGGACACCAUUCAAAGUACACCAACGAAGAGAUCUCUUCGGCCAACACUUUGGUCUCGUUGAUGGCCGCCGACAGCGGAGACCAGACAAACGGUGUGCUCUUCGCUGGCGUCAAAGACACGGACGCCCAGAAUGAGGUGAUCUGCGAGUCGACCUCCAAAAGCGAUUCGUUGCCAUCGAUGGACUCAAUCUCGAGCGCAGAACUCGUCGAUGAGAUCAAAGCGAAGCCAAUCGACGGCAACCGAAAGGCCGGCGUUUCUCCGCCUAAAUAUCCAGUCGUCGGCCAAAUUCAGGCGCCUGUCUAUAGCGCGGGUCACUCUUAUGGCUAUUACCCGAUGGACCCGUCCAUGGGUUACGGCCAAUACUACCCCAUGUAUCCCAUGGCACCUAACUAUGGCCCUCAAGUGGGCGCUCCUGUAAUGCACCCGAACUACGCUCCGAUGGCACCAAUGGCUCCGCAGAUGCACGGCAUGAACCCCAACGACCGCCAGUGCCCGUACUGUAUGGCCACAAACCAAUCAAUUCGGCCCAAAAUGAACUGA